AUGAAAGAGAGAGAGAGAGAGAGAGAGAGAGAGAGAGAGAGAGAGAGAGAGGUGUUAAGACAAAAAAUAAGGAGAAUGACAAACAAUUUGAUAUAAAGUGCUAAAUAUAUCUGAAAACAGUGGGAGGGGCCUAAUGAGAAAAAAAAAAAAAAAACAACAACGAAGGUUUUGCAACAGCAGACAUGACUGUGAAGAGACCGAGUGAAAGUCAUGGAGAGAUGGACCUGUCAUCACAUGCAUAUUAUUCUGGUGUAACACUACAGCAAUAAAAUGUGUUUGCUGGAUUAGCAAACUAACAAGGGUUGUCAGUGUUAUCACACACGUUUGUAGAAAUUGCAGUAAAUCUUCAGUGGUAAAACAUUAACAGCUCUCAGAAGCCAUAAUGUAUGCAAAGGCAGUACGCUGUUCUAAAAGUAUCGAGUCUUUGAACCCCAACAAGCUGGCCCCUAGUUAAAGCAGGUUCUGACAGUGGCUGUCACCAUGGAGGGGAGGGAGUGGCAGUGUAUUGAAGAAGAAAGAGGUGAUGUUGAAUCCCCCACAGGACAUUCAGCCACUGCAGGAGGCACAGCGUCCACAUGGAGGAAUGGUCAGGUUGUGGUAGCGAUGCCCACAUCCUCUUGGUUGGCUCCCAUGUUUGACUUUUCACAUGGCAAGACUCUUCUAGAGACAAAUGGCUUCCAGAUUCCUGUAGAGGAUUUUGAGGGUCCACUUCAUACAGCACUGGACUACCCGUCUGUCAGAAGAUACCUGCUUUUCAACUCAUCCUUUUUUAAUUUCAUCAUGGCACCUGUUUUGUAUCUGGUGCUGUGGUUUGCUGUGUACUCGAGCCUUCACAUGUACCUUGAAGGCAGCACAACAAACUUCUGGGUGCUUUGUCUGUGUGUCAGUCUGGUGUCCAUAAUCCUCACCACCAUCAUCAUCCUCAUCUUUCACUACAACAACAAAGAGAUAAACAUGAACACAGACGUGCGGUUGGUGGGGGUAAAUGAGCGGAUGGUCAGACACAGGCUACUGUUGGGAGUGGCUGACUGGGUGCAUAAAGGCAAAGGAAAACUGCAACUCUUCUGUGUGUACUGGGACUUGUCCUCAUGUCUUAGAUCUCUGACUGAAGCUCUGGAGGACAGGAGUGUUGUCAGAGAUCAAGUACAGAACAGAAUCAAGAAAAGAAUGUCGCAUCUAGUUCUAGUGACUGAGGUCACGACCCUGGAUCCUGAGGAUGGAUUAGUGGAUGAGGAGGCUCCUGAGGAAGAGCAACCCCUGUUGGUGGGGGAAAGAGAGCGAAGUGAAUCAAUCAUUCAAAGAGAAGACUCUAAACUUACAAAAAACUUUAGUCUAAUGCCCAAUGCCACUCUCUCAUAUCAGGCCAUGGCUCAGCAGCUCCUGAUGACCUACAGUGCACUUUAUGUCAGAUUGCUGGUAUCUAACAAGCUUCCUGCAUCUUCACAGUGUCCUUUAGGUGCAGGGAAAAAUCAUUCCACUGGUACUCUAUGUCUCUGUGAGUAUGUAGGGUUAAAGGUCCUGCAGUAGAUGGACCAUGACAAUCAAAUUUAACAUUUCAAAGUAUUAAUCAUCCAACUUUUUGAGAUGAAAGUUUCGCUGUCAACUAUAAUAUAGUCAAAGAUUUUUCUUGCUGCUUUUGAAAUUGUUAUAAUUUCAGCUGUCUAAAGAAAUAUAUUUUUUGGUUUCUUGUCUUGAUAUGGUCGUUUACAUGAUUAGGAUUUACAUCAUGUCCUAACCAGCUGCAACACAAAAUUCUUCUAUGUCUGUUGUGUUGCCCUGAAUUGCCCUGAUCACAUGGUAAAACAACAUGCUACUUAUGAAUUUUCAUGUAUCGUGAAAAUAACCCCAUUCUUCCGAAUUACUGACAAGUGCCCUUCAGACAUAUUUUCAUCAAUUAAAUUGUGUUUUCCUGUGGCGCUCCUGAUAGAAUGUUGUGCAAGCAACAUCAGAGACAUGGGUUCUGGUACUGUGGAAACCAGGAAAUAAUAGUGGUCACAUAAAUAAUGAUGAGUGUGUUUUGGAGGUUGCAUUUUUGCUCUGAAAUUACAUUUACACUCCACUGACUGGUAGGUUUAGGGUUGGGGUUUGGGUUAGGAGAUGGGGCUAAUGAAGUAUGCAUUCCUGUUGACUGUAUUACAUAAUUUACAACUAAAAAUACAGCUUGCUUUUGGCACCACCCUGUGGACAUUUCACCUCAACAACACUUCCAGCUUCAGCCACCGGGGGCAGUGGUUCAGAUUUCAGUGAGCACAGACCUGCUGAAAUUUCGACCUGCAGACACUGAAUUCAUAGUGUGAUCAACCUGCCCAAUUAAAUAUCAUUGGUCAAGAGUCCUGCUCCACAUAGUUGUAUAUUUUGUAUUUUCUGUGUAUUUUUGACUAAAGACCUACUGUGGUUCUUUAUGUGAUUCUGAUUUAUGCCAUAUGGCAACCAGGUACAUCGUGAUAAAGCAGCAACCAAUAAAACCUUAAAAUCAAGAA